AUGUGGAAGGAGAGAAUUCCAGGUAUGGGAGACCAUCAGAGAAAAUGUCAGGUAUCAGGAAAUGGAGCCUCUUGUGGGAAGAAGAACAAGGAAGCCAAUGGUACUGAAACAGAGAAUGUGGUUGGGGAGUCAGAGUAUCUUGUUGUUAUCCCCGAGCUCAGGGCAGCUCAGAGGAGUGAUGAAGAAGGGGGGAUGAAGAGCUGCCCCCGGGGGACUUUCUAUUACUUUUUCGGUACCCUUCAGGCUACCCGAGCCUUGAUGGUCAUCGGGAUCAUCCUGGGGCUGAUCGCCAUCUUGGUGGCCACGGUGGGCAUGAAAUGCAUGAAGUGCCUGGAAGAUGAUGAAGUACAGAAGAUGCGAAUGGCUGUCUUUGGGGGGAUGAUCUUCCUUGUUGCAGGCCUGGCAGUACUGGUUGCCACAGCAUGGUAUGGAAAUCGAGUUGCUCGAGAAUUCUACGAUCCCAUGACCCCGGUCAAUUUUAGGUAUGAGUUCGGGCAGGCUCUCUUCAUAGGCUGGGCCGCAGCUUCCCUGUGCCUGCUGGGAGGUGCCCUCCUUUGCUGUUCCUGUCCCAAGAAAACAACUUCUUACCCGACUCCUCGCCCGUACCCGAAGACCACACCCUCCAGUGGAAAGGACUAUGUGUGAGCGAAAGGAAGAGGACGCAGCCAUUUGGGAAAGAGCCAAAGAAGGACUUAGAUAAUGCUUUUUGUUGUUCGUUUUCAUUUUUUUAAUCAUGAGGCACUCAGACCUUCUGACUUCGAUAGUCUACAUUUUUGUAUUAAAAUGUAUUUUUUGUAAUUUCCAAACCUCCUUUCAUGUCCUUCCCCUCAUAAGAAAUCCUGAAUUCGGAUCCCCUGGUUUAUGUACUCCUUGGCGGGUUGGCUACCCACCCAAAAAGAACAGGACUCCAUUUUGUAAAAAAAAAAAAAAGAAAAAGAAAAGAAAAACGCGUUAAAAAUGAAAAACCCCGAAAACCUUGUACGUAAUCGUAAUCGGCCCGAAACUCACCCUUAGGUUUCCUUUGUAAACCAAAGAGAAACGAUUUUAGAUUGGCUUCUGAAUUCCAAA